AUGGAGGUGUGUUUAGACCAGAAGACAACAACAAAUAUACAGAAAACCAGAGGAACAUCAUCGUUCACAUUGACAAUACGCAACACUGACAUACUGAUGGAGGAGAUUAUAGAUAAUAGCGCCAUCCAGAUACCAGGAUCUUCAGCAUGUUCAAGUAGCACACAGUAUACAGGCUACUAUAGAUGUGUUUGGACUUCUAGUAACUCUUUAGAUGAUGGGUCGUAUACAUACAACAUUGUUGUUACAACAAUCACACAAGCUUCUCCUCUAACAGGAUCAUUUAAAAUAGCGUCACCUGGAAAACCCUUAAUCUCAAAUGUUAUACAGUUGAAUGCUAGUCGUGAAGUUGUUUACGGAAAUGAAGGACAAUCUCUGACAAUACGAUGUACUUCAACUGGAGGAUAUCCCACACCAACAGUUACCUGGUAUAAGAACAGUAUAUCUAGCUCUAACCAGUUGGCCUUUUCAAGUUCAGGGACAUUACAAAGUGAUGGUACAUACACUGUCAACCUACAACAUACAUUUACACCUGCUACAUCAGAUGAUAGGAAAUAUUUCAUAUGUAGAUCGUACUAUCCUCAAGCUGAUAGUGCUCAAGAAGGAUCAAAUAACAAAUCUGUGUUACUUUACUUAAGAUUGAAGCCAAACCAGCCAACAGUUACGCAGACAACUGUUGUAUCAGCUGGUAGUACUGUAACGGUAAGAUGUACAACGAGUGGGUGUAGACCAGCAGCCAGUAUAUCCUGGUUAUAUCAAGGUGUGACGUAUAGUGGCAGUACAACAAACACACCUGAUGCUGCAAUAGAAACAUUUACAGUUGUUUCUAUAUAUACCAGACAGGUAACAGCUGCGGAUAAUGGACAAAGUAUACAAUGUAUAGUUACUCAUCCUGCAUUAGUGAGUCCAGCACAGCUGACUAGAUCAACAAAUUUAAAUAUUCAAUUGAUUGUUUACGAUUUUGUGGGGCAGCCCUCGUAG